GACGUACCCAAGACGACUAGGGUUUCAUUUUGGUACAAGAUCUUCUUUCCUCCACGAUUCGCCUACGGUAACCUCUUUGCUAAACCCCAAAUCAAGCAUUCAGAACCUCGAAUCCAACCAUGGCAUCCCGAGAGGGAGAUCCGGCGUUAGGCUAUUUGACUCGGAAGGAAACGGAGGUCAAGCUUCCUCGACCAACUAGGGUUAAGAACAAAACCCCAGCUCCAAUUCAAAUUACAGCGGAACAGAUUUUACGUGAAGCACGAGAACGUCAAGAAGCUGAAAUCCGACCACCGAAGCAGAAAAUCACCGAUUCUACAGAGCUCGCAGACUAUCGUCUCCGUAAACGUAAGGAAUUCGAAGACCUGAUUCGGAGAGUGCGGUGGAACAAGAGUGUGUGGGUGAAGUAUGCCAAGUGGGAAGAGUCUCAGAAGGAUUUCAAUCGAGCUAGGUCGGUAUGGGAACGAGCGCUUGAUGUCGAUUAUAGAGACCAUACAAUGUGGUUGAAAUAUGCCGACGUUGAGAUGAAGAAUAAGUUCAUCAAUCAUGCAAGGAAUGUCUGGGAUAGGGCAGUUACUUUGUUGCCGAGGGUGGAUCAGCUGUGGUAUAAGUAUAUUCAUAUGGAGGAAAUGCUAGGCAAUGUUGCAGGUGCAAGACAGAUAUUUGAAAGGUGGAUGGGGUGGGAGCCUGAUCAACAAGCAUGGCUUUCAUACAUCAAAUUCGAGUUAAGAUACAACGAAAUUGAAAGAGCAAGAUCCAUCUAUGAAAGAUUCGUCCAAUGCUUACCCAAAGUCACUGCAUGGAUUCGUUACGCCAAAUUCGAAUUCAAAAAUGGCGAAAUCACACGAGCAAGAAACUGUUACGAAAGAGCAGUUGAAAAACUCGCAGACGAUGAAGAAGCCGAAACUCUCUUUGUUGCAUUCGCUGAAUUCGAAGAGAAAUGCAAAGAAACAGAACGCGCGAGAUGUAUUUACAAAUUCGCCCUUGACCACAUCCCAAAGGGAAGAGCCGAAGAUCUUUACAGAAAGUUUGUAGCUUUUGAGAAACAGUAUGGAGAUAGAGAAGGAAUCGAAGACGCCAUUGUUGGAAAGAGAAGGUUUCAAUAUGAAGAAGAAGUUAGAAAGAAUCCAUUGAAUUAUGACUCGUGGUUUGAUUACAUCAGACUCGAGGAGAGUGUUGGGAAUAAAGGAAGGAUUCGGGAAAUUUACGAAAGAGCCAUUGCGAAUGUUCCACCUGCUGAGGAGAAAAGAUAUUGGCAGAGAUAUAUUUAUCUUUGGAUUAAUUAUGCUUUGUAUGAAGAGAUUGAUGCACAGGAUGUUGGAAGAACACGCGAUGUUUAUAGUGAGUGUUUGAAGCUGAUUCCUCAUAAGAAAUUUUCUUUUGCAAAAGUUUGGUUGUUGGCUGCUCAAUUUGAAAUCAGACAGUUGAAUCUCUCUGCUGCACGCGCUGUUCUUGGAAAAGCAAUUGGAAUUGCUCCUAAAGAUAAGAUUUUCAAGAAAUACAUCGAGAUCGAGCUGCAAUUAGGUAAUAUAGAUCGAUGUCGAAAGCUAUAUGAAAAAUACUUAGAAUGGUCACCUGAAAACUGUUACGCGUGGAGCAAAUAUGCUGAGCUGGAAAGAUCUUUAAGUGAAACCGACCGGGCCCGCGCUAUUUUCGAGCUUGCAAUCGCACAACCUGCACUUGACAUGCCUGAAUUGCUAUGGAAAGCGUAUAUUGACUUUGAAAUAGCGGAAGGCGAAUUUGAAAGAACAAGACAGCUGUACGAGAGGCUUUUGGAUCGUACAAAGCAUUUGAAGGUGUGGAUUAGUUAUGCAAAAUUUGAAGCUUCUGCCAUUGAAGAAGAAGAAGAAGAUGAAGAACAACAGCAGCAACAAAAACAUGAUGAUGAAAAGAAGAAACUUUGCAUUCAACGUGCCAGAAGUGUGUUUGAGAACGCGAUUAAUUACUAUAGGACAUCAGCCCCUGAGCUGAAAGAGGAGAGGGCUAUGUUGUUAGAAGAGUGGCUGAACAUGGAAAGUAGUUUUGGUGAGGUGGGUGAUGUGGGAUUGGUUCGGGCUAAGUUGCCUAAGAAGUUGAAGAAGAGAAGACAGAUAGAAAUGGAUGAUGGGCCUACUGGGUAUGAGGAGUAUAUUGAUUACCUGUUUCCGGAGGAAACACAGGCGUCCAAUCUUAAGAUCUUGGAGCAAGCUUACAAAUGGAAAAAACAGAAGAUUGUUUCAGAUGAUGAAGAAGAAGAAGAGGAUGAUGAUGAUGAUAUGGAUGAUUAGUGUAUCUCUCAUUUUCUUUUCUUUUUUUGUUGGAUUUUGGUUAUUUUUUUAAGCACUUUUGCUUGUGUAUCACAUUUUGUCCCUAUUAUGGAAUUACUAAAUUUGUAAUGAUAGUAACUAAAAUGAAUAUCAUAUUUUUUUAUAUAAUGUGACAAGGUUAAAGAUUCUUAUUA